UCCGCGCGCAGGGAGGGAGCAUGGCGGAGCCCACCGUGUGCUCCUUCCUCACCAAGGUGCUGUGCGCCCACGGCGGCCGCAUGUUCCUGCAGGACCUGCGCGCCCACGUGGAGCUGUCGGAGGCGCGGCUGCGGGACGUGCUGCGCCAGGCCGGGCCCGACCGCUUCCUGCUGCACGAGGUGGAGCCCGGCGAGGGCGCGCCGGGCGCCCAGGCCCAGGCGGCGGCGGGCCCCGGCGCGCGGGCCUGGCGGGUCGUGGCCGUGUCCUCCGCGCGCCUCUGCGCCCGCUACCAGCGCGGCGCGUGCCAGGCCUGCGACCAGCUGCACCUCUGCCGCCGCCACAUGCUGGGCAAGUGCCCGAACCGCGACUGCUGGUCUACCUGCACUCUGUCCCAUGAUAUCCACACACCUGUCAACAUCCAGGUGCUGAAAAACCAUGGACUUUUUGGCCUCAAUGAGGCCCAGCUUCGAGUUCUGCUUUUGCAGAAUGACCCCUGCCUUUUACCUGAGGUCUGUUUGCUCUACAACAGAGGUGAAGCGGUUUAUGGCUACUGCAACCUCAAGGACAAAUGCACCAAGUUUCACGUGUGCAAAUCCUUUGUGCGAGGAGAGUGCAAGCUUCAGAAGUGCAAGCGGUCUCACCAGCUCAUUUACGCCACAGCCCUGCAGUUGCUGCAGGACCAAGGGCUGAAUAUUCCCAGUGUCGUUAAUUUUCAGAUCAUCUCCACCUAUAGGCACAUGAAGCUGCACAACAUGCUUGAAAACAAUGAUAAUUCAGCCUCCUCUGGGGAGCAGUCACUGGGCCUGGAGAAGCAAGGAGCGCACGCAGCUGGGGCCGCGGAAGCCAGGCCUCUGGUUUCUGUCCCUGCUCAGUCUCCCAAGAAGGCAGGUGCAGUUCAACUGCCCUGCAAAAAUGCAACAUUUGAGAAAUUAGGAACAAGGUAAUCUUUUUUCUGGAAAGCUAAUUUUCUUUUUAAUUUAGAGAAAUGUUUAUUGUAGAAUGCUAUCUUUUCCAUUGGGGGAGAUGUGCAAAAAUGU